CCAUGACCCUGCACUUCCCGGAUCACCUCUUCCCAGGGUCCCCUCUCUACCACCCGCUCUAUAUAAACCCUGGGGCUGAGACAGACCCACCAGACCCAGCCCCUGGAUUUGUACCAAGGAUGCUGCUGCUCCUGCUCCCCACGGCCUUUCUCCCAGUGGCUGCAGCCUUUCUCCUGCCCUGGAGGCUUCAUGCUGAUCGGGUCAUCAGGGGCCAGGAAGCCCCGCUCGGCUCCAGACCCUACAUGGCCUACGUGCAAAUCGGGUCAAUGGGAAGCUGUGGAGGGUUCCUGAUCCAGGAGGACGUGGUGGUGACGGCGGCUCAUUGUAACUGCAACCUGGGCAAUAUCUUUGUCUACCUGGGAGUCCAAGACUUCAUGAAGCCAGGACAGAACUGGCAACGGAUCCGGGCCCGUCGCUGGAUCCAGCACCCUGACUUCAGCAAUGAGAACUUUGAUAACGACAUCAUGCUGCUGAAGCUAUGGCGCAGCGCGGAGCUGACCGAAUGGGUGAUGCCCAUCCCCCUGCCGGAGGCCGAUCACCACGUCAGCCCAGGCUCCGAGUGCAGCGUGGCCGGGUGGGGUCGGACCGGAGUGAACACCACCACCGACAGGCUGCAGGAGGCGGAGCAGGAGGUGGUGUCGGACGGGCUGUGCGGAGAGCGGUACCGGCAUUACGACCCCACCACCAUGCUGUGUGCCGGCAGCCCCCACGCCAAGAAAUCAGCCUUCCAGGGUGAUUCCGGCGGGCCCCUGGUGUGCAACGGGGUGGUCCAGGGCAUUGUUUCCAAUGGAGAUCCGGACGGACACCCCCCCAGCAUAUACACAAGAAUCUCCAAAUUCAUCCCCUGGAUCAACGAAACUCUGCAGAAGCUGCGUUAAAGGAGACACUCCCCUUUAAAGGGCAAAUAUUGCCAUACUGGGCAAUGUGCCUGUGUGGAACCCCGCGGUGCUUUAGAUCAGAGUAUUUUUUCCUAGUGUUAGAGAAAUGCUACGAAUGGCUCAGUCCUGAAAUCCUUUUGUGGCUAGAAAUACCCCAUCGAUGUUUGAAAUUUCAUUCUAUGUUUUUUUCACCCCAAGUGGCUAGUCAAUGUUUGGGACCCUGAGGGUGUUCCAGUUGGAAGCAGAUUGAUGAUGCAGUCUGGUAUUUCCUUUGCUGUGAUCUAUUUAUUUACAAGGAAUAUCCCAAGUCCUCUUUCCCUGAACACAGUUGGAAUCAAACAGCAGCAGACAGCAACUCUGUUCACUGUCCCAAGCCUGCAUCUCCAGCCUGCAUCUCCAUCUCUGUGCUCAAAAAGCUUCUUCUCUUAGCUGUCUCUCAGGGCCAUAUUUCUUUGCUUCCAGGUUGUUUCUGCCUGGCUUUUUACUUUGUGUCUGACUUGCUUCUGUCCCCGUAUCUCUCCAUUUGUGUUGUGUCUGUCCGAUCCAAGUGCCCCAUUACCCCCAGAACAAUAUUUGGUGAAAAACUUUCCUCCUGAGUCAUAGAAUCAUAGAAUCAUAGAAUAUCAGGGUUGGAAGGGACCCCAGAAGGUCAUCUAGUCCAACCCCCUGCUCGAAGCAGGACCAAUUCCCAGUUAAAUCAUCCCAGCCAGGGCUUUGUCAAGCCUGACCUUAAAAACCUCUAAGGAAGGAGAUUCUACCACCUCCCUAGGUAACUCAUUCCAGUGUUUCACCACCCUCUUAGUGGAAAAAGUUUUUCCUAAUAUCCCAUCUAAACCUCCCCCACUGCAACUUGAGACCAUUAUUCCUCGUUCUGUCAUCUACUACCAUUGAGAACAGUCUAGAGCCAUCCUCUUUGGAACCCCCUUUCAGGUAGUUGAAAGCAGCUAUCAAAUCCCCCCCUCAUUCUUCUCUUCUGCAGGCUAAACAAUCCCAGCUCCCUCAGCCUCUCCUCAUAACUCAUGUGUUCCAGACCCCUAAUCAUUUUUGUUGCCCUUCGCUGGACUCUCUCCAAUUUAUCCACAUCCUUCUUGAAGUGUGGGGCCCAAAACUGGACACAGUACUCCAGAUGAGGCCUCACCAAUGUCGAAUAGAGGGGAACGAUCACGUCCCUCGAUCUGCUCGCUAUGCCCCUACUUAUACAUCCCAAAAUGCCAUUGGCCUUCUUGGCAACAAGGGCACACUGCUGACUCAUAUCCAGCUUCUCGUCCACUGUCACCCCUAGGUCCUUUUCCGCAGAACUGCUGCCUAGCCAUUCGGUCCCUAGUCUGUAGCAUUCAUUAGUCAUUAGAAUUCCCCCAUGUGUACAGGGUUUUACUUCAGCAGAGGGGAUUCUGGAGCAAGGGUAAAAUUUUUUUCUAUUGAAUUUUAUAGACCCUCUACAAAUGCUGAUCAUUUUUAUACCUAAUCCAUUCUUCAGGAGUUUUCCACCAUCAAAAUUCCUAGCGGCAGUGUGUCAUUGGCUGGCUUAAAAACUUUCUUUCAUCCAACCAGAGAGCAGGAAUGGGGCCAUGUGGCUUAGGUGGGCAACCUAUCACCACGAAGCGUGGCGAGUCAAAUUAAACAGCCCAUGACAAUAGAACAUUGAAACAAUUGCAUGAAAACAUAUGAAAUUUCGAAUGUUUUGUUUCGCACAGUUUGAGCCAGACCUGACUUUUAUUUGUUUUCAGUAUUUCCUUUUCUUUUUUCCUCUCCCCGCCCCACAAAUAUUUAAUUAUUUAUUAUAUAUUACCUGAUACUAACUGGAGGUUGGUAAAACCAAAAUCCUGGGAACCUGGAAAGCAUAGAUUGGGACAAAAUGAAGAAUUGUGUAUUUCCAAAUAUUUGGAAAAUAUUGAAAACGGAUGGUUGUUUGAGGGGAAAAAAGCCAUUUUUGAAUAAGAACAGUCUUGUUUGAACAAUUCGUGCUGCCUUUUCCAUUACUGGCCUGUAGAUUGGACUUUGCGUGUGUGAGUGAACCAGGGUUGGGUAAGGAUAAUGGGGCGGUGGGCAGGAUGCAGGGAAGCUGGGUUGAGCAAUUAGCAAAAUUGGAACUAAAUAUGAACAUCUAGGCCCAGAUCCACAGAAGGGUUUAGGUGCAAAACUCCCAUUGAAAUCACCAGGAGCCUAAAUAUCUUUGUGGAUCUGGGCCCCUAGCUCUUCCCAUCAGCAGAUCUCCAAGCACUUUACAAAGGUGGUUGGGCUCAUUAGCCCCAGAUGGGAAAACUGAGGCAUGGAGAGGGGCCAUGACUUGCCCAAGGUUACCCAGCAGCAGAGCUGGGAACAGAACCCAGGUAUCCUGAGGUGCGGGCCUGUGGUCUCGCGACUAGGCCACACUGCUUCGCCACAACUUGCAGCACCUCAGUCCGAUGGUUCUAGGACCUGCGGCCGCCCCAAACUCCUCCGCCACACUGCUUGUAAAUUUCACUUCCUGUCUUAUAUACUCUGGAAUCAGUACAGAUCUGAUACCAAUGUCUCCAGCACUGAGUUCCCUGCUGACCCGUGUCGUCUGGGGCAAGCGCUGACUCCACUCAGGCAGGGUAGGUCUCUGGUUACAGGUUGUGGGGCUGUAACACCUAAAGGGCUGGAAUUAUGCCCAACCCCCACCCUGACACCCAAAUCCAGUAGCUGACAAGCAGAUACAGAUGGAAUUGAUCUGUGUGUCUCCACACUCCCCUCCGUCUGGCUCUCUCUCCACCUGUUAACAGGGGCAUUGCUGGCCAGUGCUCCCCAGUACCGAGCAAUGCCGUGUUCCUGAUCCCUGGCUGAAUAAAGACCAGAUUUGUCUGAGCCAGAGGGAUGACAGAGAUUCCCAGAGCUGCCUGCAGAUAUCCUGGGUCCCUCCACCCCGAUCCACUGCAAUAAGAGACCCACGUUCCUUCGAUAGAUUCGUCCAUUCCAAGGCCGGAAGGGACCACGGUGCUGGUCCCGUCUGACCCCUGCAUAGCCGUGGCCCUGGGACAGCCCUGAGCUAAUCCUGGCUUGAACUAGAACAGAGCUGUUAGAGAAAUGUCCCAGCUUGCGUUACACAUCACCAGGGAAGGAGAAUCCAGCCCAGGCCUUGGCAGAAGCAUCUCCAAGCCUGAUGCUGGCCCAGCCACUAAAGGGAUUCGAAUGUCCAACUCCCAGGCAAUGUCAUUCAGAUCCCCUGGGCUGGGCGCUCUGGCCCACACUGUAUGGGAGCGGGGGGCAGAGGAGAUGGUCUGAUGGUCUCCACUGGCCGUCAUCUCUCCACUCUACGAACAGCUCAGCAUCCAUGUGAUAGAAACCUUCCCACCUUCACGGUUGUCAUAAAUAUAAAGGGAAGGGUAAACCCCUUUAAAAUCCCUCCUGGCCAGAGGAAAAAACCUCUCACCUGUAAAGGGUUAAGAAGCUAAAGGUAACCUCGCUGGCACCUGACCAAAUGACCAAUGAGGAGACAAGAUACUUUCAAAAGCUGGGAGGGAGAAAAACAAAGGGUCUGUGUCUGUCUGUAUGAUGCUUUUGCCGGGGACAGAACAGGAAUGGAGUCUUAGAACUUAGUAAGUCAUCUAGCUAGGUAUGUGUUAGAUUAUGAUUUCUUUAGAUGGCUGAGAAAAUAGCUGUGCUGAAUAGAAUGAAUAUUCCUGUCUGUGUGUCGUUUUUGUAACUUAAGGUUUUGCCUAGAGGGAUUCUCUAUGUUUUGAAUCUAAUUACCCUGUAAGGUAUCUACCAUCCUGAUUUUACAGAGGUGAU